UCUCAUUCUUUUCAGACCACCAAACAAAAUUACAAAUUCUGUCAGCAAAAAUUCCGUACGAGCCUUCAAAUCAGGAAAGAAGAUUCUCGCAUAUAAAUGAGCCAAUUCUUGCUAAUUUCAUAUUACAAGCAAAUUCAAAUUGGGCAUGAAAGCAGGAAAGUUUUCAACACGCAUAUUCACUCAAAUUUCAGCCGUCUUUUUUUCUGAUCCAACAUGGUGAGUAAAUGAUGAUCUAAACAGUGCCAAGCACCGGUAUGAUUUAUGGAAGCAGGAUCUUCAUGCUACUCUUAUUAGAAAAGAAGACAUGAAUAAGAUCAUCAUGAAUUACUUUGUUACAGAAGGCUUUGCUGAAGUGGCCGAUAAGUUUAGAAUGGAAUCAGGCACAAAUCCAGACAUAGAUUUUCAGACGAUAAUGGAACGAGAUGCUACAAGACAAGCCAUUGAGGAUGGGGAUAUUGAACAUGCUAUUGAGAAAAUAAAGGCUUUCAAUCCUAAGAUUUUGGACGCAAAUCCUCAACUGUCCUUCCAUCUACAGAUACAAAACACCAUAGAACUUAUUAGGAAAGGAAGAAUAAUGGAAGCUCUUGAAUUUACGAAGGAAGUGGCACCAAGAGGAGAAAAAAAUCCUGAAUUUUUGGGUGAGCUGGAACGGACUCUUACUUUGCUGGCUUUUGAGGAUGUAACCCAGUGUCCUCAUAGACAUCUUCUAGAUAUGUCCCUACGGAAUAUAUUAGCUCAAGAAGCAAAUGCUGCCAUGUUAAUAAGUCAAAAUUAUCAUCCAGAUCCCAUCCUCUCCCACCUGUUAAAAAUGUUGAAGUGGCUUCAAGAUGUAGUUCUUUUUAGGUAUCCUCGCGUUGCAGACUUUACAAAUCCCACUUAUAGCCUUAGGAUUUAGAGCUCAUUUCUUUCAUUCUGGUUCUAUAUGGUGCACUUGAUAAUCAUAUUAGAAGUUUCUUCCACUUCUGCAGAGGAUAUCUUAUGCUAGUAAUGUAACAUUGCAGGUUCUAUUUUUCUCUGUCUGUUUCAUUUGUUCAUAAUAGUAGUGUUCCCUCGUACCACUUUGAAAUUUGUGGGUAUGGUAUUCGAGGUUUUCUUUACACUAAAUGCAUUGUAACUGUCAGUAUAAAUGAAUUAUCUUUCUUUAAGAGGAAGAGUAGAGGAUGAAAGUACCAAUACAACCUAAUAUAUGCCUUAAUACUAUUCCUGAUAUUACAUUUCAGGUAAUUACAUGA